AGGAGGUACAUUUCCAUCAUCCCGCUUUAGCUUUCCCAACUCAUUCCCUUCAAAUCAAAAACAAGCGGAAAAGAAAUAACCAAAGCUACUGUUGGCAGCUUUUCCCUCUGUUUCAUCACCAAAAUAAAACCCUAAUUUCUCAUCUCUUUUCUCAAUUCUUUUGAGUUAUUAGGGUUUUCUACUCACUCUCCAUUACCUUUAAACCCCCUUUCUCCUUCCCUCCGUUUCACGCAGGACACAUGGCUAGUGCUGAGGAUAGCAAGGAACCUGAAUGGAUAGAGAGAGUAAGAUCGGAGGGAGCUGUUCCACUACUUGAACCAGAUAACUGUCCAAAUGGUUGGGCAUGUCCACCCGGGGAUACCUUUAUGGUAAGGGGUCCAGAGUACUUGUCAAACAAGGUUAAAAUUCCUGGGGGCAAAUAUCUGCUAAAAUCUCUUGGCUUUGACUGGAUUAGAAGUUCCACAAAGGUUGGUGACCUUUUGAGCCAUCGUAAACAUCGUAUUAGGAAGGUUGUUGAUGAGGCCUUCCCAACAGGUGAUAAGCCUUUCAUUUGGGCAUUCAACCUUCAGCUCCCUACUAAGGAUAACUAUAGUGCGGUAGCUUAUUUUGUAAGCACUGAGCCUAUUCAAGAGGGUUCUUUGAUUGACCAGUUCUUGAAAGGUGAUGAUGCAUUUAGAAAUUCAAGGCUUAAAUUGAUUGCUAACAUUGUCAAAGGGCCAUGGAUUGUUAAAAAAGCAGUUGGUGAGCAAGCAAUAUGCAUCAUUGGACGAGCCCUUUCUUGCCAGUAUUUUAUAUCUGAGAAUUUUAUUGAAGUUGAUAUUGAUAUUGGAUCUUCGAUGGUUGCAAGCGCUAUUGUUCACCUUGCAUUUGGUUACAUCACAAGUCUGACAGUUGACCUAGCUUUUCUUAUUGAGAGCCAAACUGAGGCAGAGCUUCCUGAACGAAUCCUAGGAGCUAUACGGUUCUCUGAACUGAAAAUUGAUUCUGCUCAGUUGAUUGAACCGUCAUCAUACGGGAGCAGUGGGAAUUUGCAGGCAUCACUGCCAACUCGCUUGUGGAAGUCACUUGGACAGGGAUUUUCUCAUCUUCUUCAUCCAGGAGCUCAAGAUAGUGGUUCGGUCUCUACUCCAACAACCCGUGUUAAUGGCACUGCUGCUCAUGAAGAAAGUGAUGGAGAUGUUAAGUAAUGAUCUUUUGGUGACACGUGGCUGAAUCAUUGACAGGAUAUCCCAUUCUUGGUAUUUUGUAAUAGAUUCUUUUAAUCUCUCAGUUAUUUCAAAUUUACCACAAAUGAUGUGUAACAAUAUUGGUGUGUAUAAACAAACUUUUAGCCGUUAAUGGGCCUCUUUUCUACCCUUUAGUGCUUAUUAUCAUCCAGGGAUGGUGGUAAUUUUGGGUGUGGAUUGGGAUAUUCGAUUCAUUCUUUUGGAUUUGGAUGUAAAAAUUACCGUCGGCUGUGAAUGUAAAGAAAAUAUAUGAUCGAAUAGUUGUGGUA